GCGACAAUAGAAACACAAGUAUAAACAGGAUAAAUUUCAAAACAACAACAUGAGGACAGCAGCUAUUGUGUUAUUACUGGUGGCGGCAGCUUUGGCUGCUCCGCAAUACCAGCGGACCAAACCUAAUCAAGGGGCUGGAUCCAUUUCACCGGAACAGUGGGCCUCUCUGAAUCCAAUUAAACCUGGAAGUGGCAACGAUGAACUGUCGAAGCAAUGGGCUCGCUUCCUCGACUAUCUGCCAUGGUUGAAAGGACCAACUGGUCCCGCUGGACCACCCGGCCCUCCCGGAGGAGCUUCUUCAUCUUCCUCCUACGGCUACGACCAGCCUAAAUACGUUGCUGGACCUCCCGGAGCACCUGGAGCACCUGGAGCUCCUGGUCCCAAAGGCGACAAAGGAGACGCCGGUGAACCUGGUGCCAAUGGAGAAGCUGGGCCCCAAGGAAUUGCUGGACUUGACGGAGCUACAGGACCUCAAGGUUUGAAAGGAGAACAAGGCGCUGAUGGAGCCCCAGGUGUCGCUGGACUUAAUGGUCCUCCCGGAGAAAAGGGAGAAGCUGGAUCAAAUGGCGCAGAUGGUGCCCCCGGAGCUCCAGGAUUGCCUGGCAAAGAUGGAUACAACGGAGCACCGGGCCCAGUUGGACCUAAAGGAGAAAUUGGCGCACCCGGUAUCACGAUCGAAUCUAAAAUCCCAGGCCCUCCCGGCGCAACUGGAUAUCCCGGUAAAGACGGAGCUCCUGGAACAGCUGGUAGCCCCGGCCCUCAAGGAAAUGCUGGGCCUCAAGGACCAGUGGGACCUGCCGGCAAAAACGGCUACGCUGGUAGCCCGGGCAUUGCUGGACCUAAAGGUGAACCAGGCAAACCAGGCUACAACGGAGCACCAGGAAAAGACGGACUUCCGGGCGCACCAAGCACUCAACCCGGCCCGGUUGGACCCCAAGGACCCGUCGGCAAACCCGGCUACAAUGGCGCUCCUGGAAAAGACGGUGCCGUUGGCCCAGUAGGCGCUCCAGGCAAAGAUGGACUCAACGGCGCUCCUGGCGCUACUGGUCCUCAAGGAGAGCAAGGUAAACCUGGCAAAGACGGUUAUCCUGGCGCUGCUGGAGCCCCUGGAACACCCGGAGCUCAGGGACCUCAAGGAAUCCAGGGCGAACAAGGCCCCGCUGGAAAUCCCGGCAGCAUCGGUCCCCAAGGAGAAAUCGGUCCCGUCGGUCCCGCUGGACUUGAAGGCAAACCUGGCCAAGCUGGCAAACCUGGAUAUCCUGGACCUGUAGGACCAGUUGGACAGAUUGGACCUGUUGGACAAGAAGGCAAACCUGGCCAAGACGGAGCUACCGGUGCCGUCGGCCCUGCUGGCCCACCUGGCCCACCAGGUGAAGCGGCCACUAAAGCUUCUUAUCCCGCUCCUGCCUACACCACCGCUUCACCGUACAGCAGACCAGCUUCCAACAGCAACUGGUACCGUAAUUAGUAGGCCGAGCUUAAUUUCAGCAAAACGGACUUUGAAACAAACAAACCAAUCACCGCAUGUAUAAUUAUGUAGAGUAAUAAUAAUUAAUUAUUGUGUAAAAAUGAAACAAUGCGGAAAUGGCCCAAAUCUCUGAUGAUGACAAAAAAAUAUAUAAACCCAAGUUUCAUAUGAA